AUGGGACCAUUGGAAGGACCACCCAUUGGCUGGACACACAAGGAAGCAGAGAUGCACACUGGUCCCCAGCCUGAUGAGAGGAGCAGGGGAUGGGGUUCCAGAGACAGGAGCGCUGCCCCUUCCCCUCUCCCCCCAGCCCUGUCCUUCCUCCUCCUAUUGCCACUGGCUGGUGCCCUACAGCCCACCUCACUGCCCUUUCCAGAACUCAGGCUGGUGGGGGGCCCGAGCCGCUGCCGGGGCCGCCUGGAGGUUCUACACAGGGGCUCCUGGGGCAGCGUCUGCGACGACGACUGGGACGUGGUGGACGCCAAUGUGGUGUGUCGUCAGCUGGGCUGCGGCCUGGCGCUGCCUGUGCCCCGGCCCCUCGCCUUCGGCCAGGGCCAAGGCCCCAUCCUGCUGGACAACGUGGAGUGCCGCGGGCAGGAAGCCGCCCUGAGUGAGUGCGGCAGUCGAGGCUGGGGCGUGCACAACUGCUUCCACUAUGAGGAUGUGGCCGUCCUGUGUGAUGAAUUCUUGCCCACACAGACCCCAACAAGAAGAGUGUUAACCAGCAGGGCACCCCCUACAACGCCCCAGAAUGGAAAAGGUGAGGGCAGCGUGCGCCUGGUGGGGGGCGCAGGCCCGUGCCAGGGCCGAGUGGAGAUCCUGCACGGUGGCCUGUGGGGCACCGUGUGUGACGACGACUGGGGGCUGCCAGACGCGGCCGUGGUGUGCCGCCAGCUGGGCUGCGGGGCGGCCCUGGCAGCCACUACCAACGCCUUCUUCGGCUACGGCACGGGGCACAUCCUGCUGGACAACGUGCACUGUGAAGGCGGCGAGCCCCGUCUAGCAGCCUGCCUGAGUCUGGGCUGGGGCGUGCACAACUGCGGCCACCACGAGGACGCCGGCGCGCUCUGCGCAGUCCUGGGCCACCCGACUCUCACAGCACUGCCACCGUCGGCCACAAGAGUGGACUGGGCCUGGCACACAGAGCCAGAGGCUACAGGAGUCGGUGCCCUACCUUCCAGGGAGCCCGCACGGCUCACCACUGCCGCCUGGGCGGCAGGGAAAAGCGGGCGGCUGCGGCUGGUGGGUGGCCCAGGCCCGUGCCGCGGUCGCGUGGAGGUGCUGUACGCCGGGGGCUGGGGGACCGUGUGCGACGAUGACUGGGACUUCGCGGACGCGCGCGUGGCCUGCCGCGAGGCGGGCUGCGGGCCGGCGCUGGGCGCCACGGGCCUCGGCCACUUCGGCUACGGCCGCGGCCCCGUGCUGCUGGACAACGUGGGCUGCGCCGGCACGGAGGCCCGCCUCAGCGACUGCUUCCACCUGGGCUGGGGCCAGCACAACUGCGGCCACCAUGAGGAUGCGGGCGCGCUCUGCUCAGGUCCAGAGGAGCUAGUCCAGCAGGAGGGUGCUGAGACCACCCGGGUGCCCACUCCUCGGCCCAGGGACGGACACCUACGUCUGGCCAACGGAGCCCACCAAUGUGAGGGGCGUGUGGAGCUCUUCCUAGGGCAGCAGUGGGGCACUGUCUGUGACGAUGCUUGGGACCUGCGGGCAGCUGGCGUCUUGUGUCGCCAGCUGGGCUGUGGCCAGGCCCUGGCAGCCCCUGGUGAGGCCCGCUUUGGCCCAGGCCGAGGCCCUAUUCUCCUGGACAAUGUCAAGUGCCGUGGGGAUGAGAGUGCCCUGCUGCUGUGCUCUCACAUCCGCUGGGAUGCCCACAACUGUGACCACAGCGAGGAUGCCAGUGUCCUGUGCCAGCCGGCGUGACCCAGCUUGCUCU